UGGUGCCCGGGGCUGCAGCCCUGCUGGCGGCCUGGGGGCUCUGAGCCCCUCAUCACCUCCUCCUGUCGCCGGUUGUGUCGCCGCCGUCGCCGCCACCGCCCUUCUCUCCGCCGUUUUGGGCCGCCGGUUACUGCACUUAAGAAUGAACAUUGAAGAUAAGCUAGGAGGAUUGUUUCUUAAAUGUGGUAGCAUAGAACAGAUGCAGUCAUCGAGGGAUAUGGUUGGAAUGGGUGCCACCUCUGACCACUCGGCAAUUUCUGUGGAACGGCAAGGAGCAGUGCUUCAAGACCGGGCUAUGGCACGUCAAGAAAUCCUUUCUGCAGAUGACGUUUUACAAGAAAGUGAACUCCGACCGCAAGAAAUGAUCCCGCAUGAUGAACUUAUGGUUCAUGAAGAGACGGUGAAAAAUGAUGAUGACAUAGAGGGACAAGACAGACUCCCCCAAGGGCUUCAUUAUGCAGUCAAUGUUCCUCAGAUCAGUGUGAAACAAGAAAUUACAUUUACUGAUGUGACUGAGCAGCAGAAACGGGACAAAAAGCUAAUGCGAGAAGGUAUAGAUAUGCAAAAGAAGAAGAAAAGAAAGCAGCGUUCCCCAGCAAAGAUCCUUACAAUAAAUGAGGAUGGAUCACUUGGUCUGAAAACUACCAAAUCUCACAUUUGCGAGCAUUGUAAUGCUGCCUUUAGAACCAACUACCAUUUACAAAGACAUGUCUUCAUUCAUACAGGUGAAAAACCAUUUCAGUGCAAUCAGUGCGAGAUGCGUUUCAUACAGAAGUACCUUCUACAGAGACAUGAGAAGAUUCAUACCGGUGAGAAACCAUUUCGAUGUGAUGAAUGUGGCAUGAGAUUCAUACAGAAGUAUCACAUGGAAAGACAUAAGAGAACUCAUAGUGGAGAGAAGCCUUAUCAGUGUGAAUACUGCUUGCAGUUCUUCUCAAGGACUGAUCGUGUACUGAAACACAAACGUAUGUGCCAUGAAAACCGUGACAAGAAACCCAAUAGAAGUGCCACCAAAGUUGGCCUUUUGACUCCUGAUGAAGAUCAAGGCUUCCCUAUAUCUUUGAAAGACUGUUCUUUGCCAAAAAAGAAGAGGCAAAAAACUGAGAAAUUGAAAUCUUCUGGGAUGGAUAAAGAAACUGGGACAGACAAAUCUGAACAUAGGAAAGAUAAGAAUGAUUUCUUGCCGUUGUAUGCUGGCAGUACUAAAAUAAAGGAUGAAUAUAUGGUGGCGGAAUAUGCAGUUGAGAUGCCCCAUUCUUCUGUCACUGGAGGUCAUUUGCAGGAAGCAAAUUCUGGAGAAAUACACCCACCUAAACUCGUGCUCAAAAAGAUUAACAGUAAGAGAAACCUCAAGCAGCCACUGGAGCAUAGUCAGACCAUUUCAUCCCUAGCUUCUUAUGAAGACAGCAAGGUUUCAAAAUAUGCCUUCGAUCUUGUGGAUAAACAAGGCUUACUGGAGGCUGAAGGCAAUGCUGAUAUUGACCAGGUUGAUUCUUUACAGGAAGGUCCCAGUAAACCCGUCCACAGCAGUACAAACUAUGACGAUGCAAUGCAGUUUUUAAAGAAAAGGCGGUAUCUCCAAGCGGCUAAUAGUAACAGCAGAGAAUAUGCUUUGAAUGUUGGCACUAUCGCUUCACAGCCGUCAGUCACCCAGGCUGCUGUAGCAAGCGUGAUCGAUGAAGGUAGCACAGCAUCAAUAUUGGAUACAUCGGCAUUGAAUGUGGAGAUUAAAGGAAGCCAUGACAAAAGUGUCAUUCCAGAUGAAGUACUUCAAACUCUUUUAGACCAUUAUUCGCAUAAAGCCAAUGGCCAGCAUGAGAUUGCUUUCAAUGUGGCUGAUACUGAAGUGACUUCCAGCAUAUCUAUAAAUUCUUCUGAAGUGUCAGAGGUUACUCAAGCGGAGAAUGUUGGAACAAGUUCUCAAGGUUCCUCCUCUGACAAAGCCAGUAUGUUACAGGAAUAUUCCAAGUUUUUGCAGCAAGCUUUGGACAGGACGAGCCAAAAUGAUGCCUAUUUGAACAACUCAAGCCUUAAUUUUGUGAAUGACAACCAGUCUCUUACAGGGCAACCAGCAUUCUCUGCUAUUGACAAACAGGUCUAUGCAUCUAUACCUGUUAACAGUUUUCGAUCGGGAAUGAACUCUCCCCUAAGAACAACUCCAGACAAGUCUCACUUUGGACUGAUUGUUGGCGAUUCCCAGCACUCUUUUCCCUUUUCAGGUGAUGAGCCAAAUCACUCUUCAUCAUCCUCUACCCAGGACUUCUUGGAUCAAGUGACCUCUCAGAAGAAGGCAGAGGCACAGCCUGUCCAUCAAGCGUAUCAGAUAGGCUCGUUUGAGCAACCAUUCAGGGCUCAGUAUCAUGGAACACGAGCUGGCUUAUCAUCUCAGUUUAAUACUGCUAAUGGACAAGUGAACCUGCGGGGACCGGGGGGAAGUGCUGAUUUCCCAGAAUUUCCUUUGGUGAAUGUAAAUGAUGCUCGGGCAGGGAUGAACUCAUCACCUGAUGCGACCACAGGCCAAACAUUUGGCUAAGAAAAUCUGUAGAAAUAACAUUGGCACUUUACCACAGGUCUGUUGAGAAUGAGUGUCUUCUGUAUAAGAUGGCUCCUAUACAGAUUUAAGGCCUUGUGUUAUAAUGAAAAAGUAAGCUGGUACAGCAUAUUAAUGAUUACUUUUUUUUAAUUAAUUGUCAUUUUUUUUUAAUUGCCUUAUAAGUGGGCGUCCACUGAAAAGGCAGGUGGCUGUUUCCUUUUUUGAGAUCAGGAAUUUGCUGUGUUGAGAUUGAUUAAAA